UGUAUUUUAAAUGAAAAUAACAACAUAUUCUAAAUUAAUUUAUUGUAAUUCACUAGACAAAUAUUUAUCAAUUCGGACUUAUCGUAGUCCCAUUGAAAAUUGUUCUUUAUGUUAAAACACGUGAAAAAAUAUACCAACAACUAAUCCUGGUAUCUACAUGAUGAGUUCAUUUGUAUCCAUUUCAUCCAGAGUUGAGAGUUGAGAAAAGGACUUUUUUCUUGAAAAGCGCAAAUCAACAGAAUUGUCUUAAAGCUGGUAUUUAUCAAUACCUUUCUAACACAUUAUUUGAAGACGCCAAUGACUACUUUGAACGAUGUUAAAUAAGGGGGAGUUAAUAAAGAAUCAGUUUUCGGAAAAGAUUAGGAAGAUGGUUAACUGUGAUCUCACGACUAAUUCAAAUAGGCUUGCAAAGUUGAUGUUGAUGAGCGUAACUAUAGCGAUGUGUUUUUACUUUCUACCAACAAAAGAAGUUCUACAGAAAUCAAACAACAUGAAAUUAUUAGCAUGGUCACAGCUUUCAUCAACACAACCAGACACAGAAAUUCGAUCAAAACAACAAAAUGAAGAAAAGCUGCUCAAACAAAGAGAAGACAACUGUCGCGAUUAUAGAAUUAGCAAACAAGCGAUAUAUCGAUUGAAAGAGUAUUGGAGCUCUCCAAUUGUGGUUCCAAAAUACAAAUUAAUCUUCUUUUGGAACGAAAAGUCCGCAUGUACUUAUUGGAAAAAGUUAUUUCAAUUCAUUCAAGGUAUAAAUAAUACGGAAGUACAUAACCAUAGAAACGGAUUGACAACUUUAAAAAGCUUUGAUACUUGUGAAAUAAUAAAAAUGAUGUACAAUGAAUCAUGGGUGAAAGCUGUAUUUGUAAGAGAACCUAGAGAACGGUUAUUAUCUUCAUAUCUAGAAAAGGGCCGUCAUCAGCAUGUAAUGUAUCAAUUGUGUAGAGUUAAUCGUACAGUGACAUUUUACGAGUUCCUAGAAAUUAUAAAAAACUGUAAAAAUGGACAUUGGGAUAAGCAAGUUCGAAUUCCGGAAUACCUAUACGAACAGAUGAUGAUAGGAAAACUUUCAGAGAUUUCCUCAUUCACAGAACGUCUUUUCAAAAAGAUAGGAGCAUGGAACGAGAAAGUUGUAGCUUGGCUUCAAUCAAGCGAAAAGCUUUCUACACGAAAUCACAGAAAAGACGCAAAAAGUAAACUAUUACAAUAUUACAAUGAUACUAAGUCGGAGGACUUAAUUUUUGAUUUAUUUUCGGAAGAUUACAGAGUGUUUGGUUUUAACAUGACUUAUUAUAACAAAAUUAAUAAUACAACAACAUGAAACAGUCUUAGGAUCCUUCAUAAUUAUAAAAAAAUUUACGUUGAUCAAUUAUUCUAUAAUAAUUAUAUCUGAUUCAGGUAUUAUUUAAAUUGAUAACUCAAGUGUUCAGUAUGUGUGCUUCUAUGAAAUAAGGAUACGGGGGUUAUUGCAUGUAUUUAAAGUGCCUAUGUGUGACUGCUGAAUUGUGGGUCCUUAAAUUCUGAUUUCUUAAAUUUAUGAAUUAGUCUUUCAUUUUAGCCCCAAUUUUUACCAUUGUUCUUUAUUCUACAUAUUUUAGCACACCAUUAUUCAUUAUUUUUAAUUUUACCUGUUUGUGUUUUAUUUUAUUUAUUUCAUUUUUCUGUUUUAUUGUCUUAUAAUUCUAUAUUCUGUAA